AUUACAGCAGAGAGAGACUUUAUAAAAGAUGUUCAGGAGGUUGGAGCAUUAAUAGUUGAGACUGAGAGCUGAAGAACAAAGAGGGGCUUUUCUCUUAAUCCCAUGAUGGGUUACAGCAGACUGUGUCUGUUACUACUGCUGAGCAGCUACACACUGGCUCGUAAGUACAAAACACUUAGGAUCAGAUAAAUAGAGUUUGUCACAGUACUUUUGAUAUUUUCAACAAGUUAAUAUAAGGGGCACCAGCUUCUUCCAGGAUUUUUUGCCAGAGUGGAUGUUUAGGUUUAGGAAUUUAUAUCUGUGUGCUUUUCAUCAUCUUUCCUAUCAUCUUAUCAACUUGCUUAAAACACUCUCUGUUGGAUUUCUUUCAGAGUAUUUUAUCAGCUUUAAUGAGAAAAAUAUCAACCUGAAAAAAGACAAAACUUAUGACACUCAUUAGCUGUGAUGAUACAUGCAUUUUUUAAUUUGCUGUACAUCUUUUAUUUUGGAAAAUGAAGAAAAUCCUUGUUAAUUUUCCAAUCCUUAAAAUAAAUGACAAGCAUUAAACAAGCAUGCUAAACUUUUUGCAAACGAGGAAGCCUUAAAAGAUUUAUCAGGUGGUAUUUUUUUAAAAGUGGGACUUUCGGAUUGUUGAAUAUUUAAAAUCAUGAUUAAUCCCAGAUAUUCAGUAAUCAUAUUUUUAACUGAAUGUUAAAACUCAAUUAUUUUACAUUUUAAAACAAAAACAAGUCCAUAUUAACACUUAACUGAGUCUUUUAUAAUCUCAGUGACUGUAAGUUUGAUAGUAGCAUCUAUAAAUUUCUUCUUUUUCUGAAAUACGAGUCAGGAGUGUCCACCUUAGAUGACUAAGCUGUUUGCAUUAGUGUAUAUCUGAGUGCAUAUAUACAUAUAUGUGUGAGUGUAUUUGAAUGAAAGCUGGAGAGACUGGUGGUGUUAUUUCUAACCAUGGCAGCAAAUGGAAGCAGGGAGACACUGCAGUGGCUGAAUGGUGGUGUGCCAUAAGGGGCAAAAAUAACACUGGAUUUAAAAAACUAAAUAACCUAUACAUUUAAAAAACCCUGUUAGGAGUUUUCAGCUGGUAAAAACAGAGAGAGAGAGAGGGCAGUAUUAUUUGUAAAUAGUUCGUAUUCUUGCAUUCCAACGUUGACUAUGAAAUUUGAGGAACUGACCAAAAUCAAACAGAGGAAUUUGGUAGCUCCACCAGCAGUUGGUAGGGACCUAAAAUUGAGUUUAAAGCUCCUGUGAUGAGUUUUUAACUGGUUUAACAGAUGAAAUAAAGAGUCACCACUGGUUUCGAACUAGACAGAAACAGCUAGUAGUGACUCUUUAUGAUCCCUCUAAGCAAACAAAAUUAUCAGUGACAAGGUUGACAGUUUUUAUGUUGUACAUCAUGAAGCCUGUACCCACUGUGGAAGAUUUGGGUAUAGGAGUUGAUAUAUAGUUCAUAUAAAGGGGCUGUUGCAGUAUGCUGGUAUUGACAAUAACCAUCUUUAUUAAAGAAGUGAAAAAAAAUUAUAGGAUUAUCUCAUGAGUUCACAGUAGGGGGUCUUUUGGGCUGGGUUAACAGUCACUAAAAUGAGUCUGGACAAAGAAAAAGCAGCAGCUGCUAGUGAGUUAGCUUAGCAUCCCUCUAAAACAUGAUUAGGCACUCUUAAAACCUAAAACUAAAAGAUCUAUUCUAAAUAUCCCCAGGAUACUAGUCAGCUUACACUUUCUAAUGUGUAACUUUCAGUCUAUUAGAGGUAACUGAUUUCAAAGUAAAAGCACAGUUUUAAAAUGCAGAAAUUAAAGAAAUCUAAAGAAGAAAUAGAAAAAGAAAAACAACAAAAUAAAAGCAUGAGAACACUUAUUCUACGAGGCUAUUUUUUCUCCAAACAAGUUUCCUUCAUGCAGCUGGUGAUGGGAAUAAACCAUUAAUUUGAACAUUAUAAAAAAUAGAUGUUGACAUGAAAGUUAACUGCAUUUUUUUAAGUUUAUGAAAGUAAUGUGUUGCUCCAUCCUUGUCGUGCUUUACUGUAAUUUAACUGAUUGUUGUUUUAUUUUUAAAUUUUCCAAAAACAUUGUCAUAAUCUUAAUCUACCUCCUCAAAAAUUGCAAGAUGAAAAUCUGAUAUUGUCCACAGGGGGCGCUAAAAUCAACACACACCUAAAACUUUCUGUGUGGAGCUAUAAAACCUAGAUUGAUAAUGUCUUCUGUUUCUGUUUGUCAUUAUUGUGUUUUUAUGGUGUUUUGUUUUGCAGAGGAUGGCAAUGAAGAUGAAGAGCAAACGUCAACGUGUCUGUGUAAGUUUUUAUCAUAAAAACUGUGCCUGAAACGUCUUUUAUAAGAGAAUGUCAUCAGGCCGAUUUACUCUAUUUAUCAUACAAACUGGAAUAAAAAAAACUGAGACAGAUGAUGAAUUAAUGGUAAAGUUUUCUAAAGUUGGUGUUAAAUUGAUGAAUUGAUGGAAAUACUGGACUUUGUUAGUGUUUAGAAGUGUGUGUGCAUGUGUGUGAGGGGGAUGUUUGGUGUGUGGUUGACCUGCAAAUCGAUCGAUGGCGUCUAUGUUGAGCCAAUAAACACAUGACCUGUUUUUCUUUCUGAAGAUAGUGGCGACAGCCUGUGGACAUUGUUUAUGAUUCGGUACAAUAGCUGUUGUUCACUGUAAAGAACAUGAAGUUUCUAUGGGUGCAAAGGUUGUGAUGAUGUGGAGCUCUGCCUGUGACCUGAAGAUACAGAGUGAACCUAUAGGUUCAUAUAAGAACGUGACCCCGUCUUCAAAGGCUGAAAUGACUUAUCUGCAUGUCUGAAUAAUCAUGCAACACCUUUAUUGGACUGCAGUGGGGUCCAGAUUCAAGGCCCAUAGGAAGUAUUUCUACCGCUACACGGCAGACAGCAAAAACGGGGUGAUGGGGGCCUCUGACCUGAAGAACGGCCCCAAUGUCUCUUGUCAGGUAUGUCACUGAUCCUGUUCCACUUUCAGAGUUCACCUGAUAACAGAAUCUUCUUAUCAGAGCGUCCUCCCAACCUGUAUUGAUCCUGUGCAUGCUCCCACAUGUCUUUAGGUUGAGAUCGAAGUCCCUCAGAUGUGCAGAUUCAUCAUGCACACCCGUGACUGUGCUCUCAGCAAGGUGUCUGUCAUGGAUCCACAAGGCCAGCCUGUCUUUGAACCGGCUCCAGGCUCUGACGCCUUCAGGGCUGCCAUGGAAACGUUAGUAGAAAGCAUCAUUCAUGUGUCAUUUGUAUGAUCACUCCUUUUUUUAAUAAGCCAAAAUGAUGACUGCUGUCACUCCUCCAUCUUAUCCAGUUACCUCCAUGUGUCAUACAUAACAGACACCACAAAGUAUCCUGGUAGUUAAAGGAUCUGAGGCCCAGUUUUCCUCAGAGGGGGACCCAGGCUGGUCGUUAUCUGAACAGUAGAAGUUGAUAGAAACUCUUUCUAUGUUUACUCUCAGGCUGAGGUCCUGUGGGGCAAAUCGAUAUGGGCUGAUCUGACGUUUACUCUGAAACCAGGAGACAUUUCUUGAGCUCUGAGAUGAGCGAGAAAUGCAGCAAAAUGUGCAUUAUAUGAUAAUGGUGUGAAGGAAAAAUUCAGAUAAACAAAAACUGUCAUUUCAGUGUUGUUUUAGUGAUGAAAUAUCCUGCAUUUUCUGUACGUAGGAACCCUCUGAAGUUCUCUGUGGAGGACUUCACCGCUGUUGACCUCUUCCCAGAGACAGAGGAGUUGGUCAACAUCCUCAACAUAAAGAGAGGGAUAAUCUCAGCAUUAAUGGUGCCCCUCCUUGAGGACAACCAAAACAGACUCAUGGUGAGUUUCCUCCACCAACAAAAAGAGACUUUGCUUUAACUUAUCAGUAGAAGGAAAUAAAACACUAUCAGAAGAAUAAAACCAACAAAGCAUAAAAUGUAGAAAUAAAAAAUUGAAAAAGAUAGGGAUCCCGAAACGAGUAAAAUCAGCAUCUAAAGGAUUCAGACACGCACCGAUCAUCAUGCCAAUAAAGCUUUUAUUUCACUUCUAACUGUUGUUGUCCUUUUCAGAGCACAGUGCACGGCCAGUGUCCAUCAUCCUACCAGGUAAACGAGAAGAAGGACAUCGCCACAGAAGUAAGCGUGUCCAGAUAUCUGCCCAACUGUGACAAGUUUACCGGCAGAGAAUCAGCCAACAGUCCUCUGGCCCUGCUACAAAAACUGGUGAGACUUCGGCAAACCAGUUUAAUUCUACACAAUGAGAUGCAAAGUUAGCUUCUGCAGGAAUCUUUGGUUUUUGGUUCAGAAUGGCAGGAUUUGAGAUGUUGGCUAAAGUUUUGUAUGUAUUAGAAAAGUUUUACUAAAUUAAUGCACAGUUAGCAUUUUUGUUAUUUUGAAGGGUUAAAUUGAGUAAUAGGGUUCUUUGUGAGGUUGUACUUUGGUUUAAGUGUCAAUACAACUGGAUACUCAAUCUAUCAUAAUUAGGAUUCUGAGUUGUUUGUGCCAAAGUCCAUUCUGGGGAGGAGUAAGACUAAUAUUCCACUUGUGCAUGCUUCUGUAAUUUCAGCAAUGCCAGAGCCUGAGGUGGGCAGAGCAUACCUUCUCUUGGUCUCACAUGCAUGUAUUCUGACUUUAUCAUCUUACAUUCUAGCAGUUUGUUCCUGAUGGAGCUCAAAAGGGUUUUAAAGGUCACUUUUCAAGCUCUUGUUGUGUAAACUGCACUUUGUUCAAGACAGUUUGUUUUGGAAGCCUGACAACAGCUUAAACAAAGACAUGAAGGGCAAAAACCCUCCAGUCUGCUUCUGUGAUUGGAACGGCCAGCUCCACUGAAAGGUGUGGACAGGUCUGUGUAGCCCAGUCAGUAGGGGCUCAAGAAAUAGAGGGUUAGUGGUACACUUUAAUGUCUCUUCUGAGAGGUUGGGCAACCCCAUUUCGAAAAGUCUGGACACACCUAAAGACUAAUGAUAUCUACUUCAACUAGCUUUGACCAAGUGAUUUUUGUAUUUCCAGCAUCAACCCUUGUCUAAACUGAUCUCAAGCACACAAAACUGCAACUACCAGUUUGACAACAAGGGAAAGCAUGUCACAUCGGCCACAUGUGAAGAAAAACACACCUACGUGCCCUUCUCUAAUGAGUAAGUCAUUCUGAGUGUGUAUUAAUGCACACAUGUGAGGCACAUACAUGCAAAGUAAUCACCUUUUUCCUUACCUGUUUUGCAGGGAUAACGGACUUUCAUCGGUGGUGACCCAGGAUCUCAGCUUCCAGAACUCCAAGAGGAUCAACAACCGAGUGUUUGGUGAGAGACGAUAAAAAUUUCAGUUUUUCUCAGCUGCUAAAACACAUUUCUUGUCGUCCAACAUGCUUUUCUCAACACUUUCUUCAAAACUGUUCAAUCUGUGCUCAAAACCAAACAAUUUAGUGAGAUCAAACCCCAAGUUAACCAAAAUGAAAAACACUACUGAGCAGUCAUUACACACUACAUUAAGAAAAGGAAAAUACAAUGCUCAGGACAUGAAGCUGUAGAAGUGAUUGUUCAUUUCUAAAGUAAAGUAAAGUAAAAACAAUAGAAAUGAGAAGCACAUUAUGUUGCAAACCACAAUAUCAAACUCAAGUGCUUACAGUAUCUACAAUCAUUCAGCCACAUUAUCAGGUCUGUAUGCUUGGCCACACAACAGGACUUCAUCCACAUCACAAGCCACAUUCUCCCUAAUGGUGGAAAAACCCUCUGAACUGACUUAAAUUGGUUUCCUGACAUUAUUAGCAAAAAGUAUGAUCAGUUUUGAGUCGUUGUAUUUAAGCUGUGACACCUGAGCUUCAAAUGUGUUCAACUUUUGUUACCUGUGUUUACCAUUAUGCAAGACAAGUGCAUCUCAGUGCACAAUGAGUGUUUUAGUGAGUGAUAAUAUGUUUGCAAGUUGUGUCUAAUCAGGAGAAAAGUGCUUAUGGCUUGCCAAAAGAGUGACAGAUUCAAUAAAAAGGUUCAGGCCGCUGAGCCUUUGAUUCAGACAACAUGGUUAAGUGUGUUAGCAACUGAGAAAUACUCUAAGAUUCACAGCUGGUGAUACUUUUGUUGCACAUUGCUGUAUUUUGGAUAUUUAUUGGUAUCUAUCUUGUGUAUAAUCACGGUCAUCUAAAUGACUGAUUGAUCUGCAGGUUAUAAAUUCAGCUUCUUUGCAUGUUUGCACACAGAUGUGGACCCCAGCCAAAGAAAACCUCUCCACUUCGAAGACCCCGAUGAUAAAGCUUCUGAACAGACAGAAAAUGCUGUUCUGAGCACCCUGACAGACCUGGUAAAUCUACCAGGGACAGACCAGGGUCACAAGAGAACCAGUCUCUUUCACAAGCUGGUCUCCAGUCUGCGUGUGCUGAGGAACGACACCCUGAGCCGGACAGUCACUGAGAUGUUAAAGACGUCCCGUUGGCUCAGCAUGCAGGCCCUGUUCCAGUGUGGGACCUCAGAGUGCACCAGCGCUAUCAUGCAGGUCAUCUGGGGCCUUGAUGGAGCUGCGCUGGAAGUGGAUGCUCUGGUUUACGGGCUGAGUCUUCAGGGGAACCCUGAUGCUGCACGGGUGCGAGAUAUGCUCAGCAUGGCUCAGUACAGACAGAGCAGGGCGAUCAUGUACGCUCUAGCCAACACAGUCAAAAAGUAAGUAAAAACAGAGAUGUGAAAAAUCAGAAGGAUGGUUGCACAGUGUAGGAGUCAGCUGUUAUGGUGCUCAGGAUAAAAAGGAUGGUUAAAAAAAAAAGAAGGGGAUUGGGUGCAGCAUCAACAAAACAGCAGGAGCUGGACUGGAUUCUUUCAGUCAAAACCAGAGUUUGUGAGUGUAUCUGUUCCUCUGUUCCUCAGGUUUCAUAAAGGUGAGGUUACCCCAGUGGUCACUGAAGUGUCAGAGUUCAUGGAAUUACUUUUAGAUGACUGCUCUGGAGAAGUCCACGAUAUUGACUCUGAAUUCCCCCCUGAUCCUCAUGAGCUGGCCUUCCUAGUACUGAAGGUAAUGUUUACCAUUAAGGGUUUAAUCACCACCUUAAAUCCAAAGAAGUUGGAAGGAAAUGAUUUCAACCCUAAAUUUAACCAAAAGAAAUUGAAAGAUAAGGUGUUGAAGGUUUAAUCUCUUCGUGUUUUAUGAAAAAUUUGUGCUCAUUUUAAACCUGAUACCAACACCAUGUUUCACAACAGUUGGCACAAGGACAACUAAACACUGAAAAAGUUGUGUAAUGCUAAAAAAACAAAAUGACGAAAUGGAACAUCUUCAGUGAUGAGAGGCUGAAUCUAUCAAAAGGAAAGAUAGGACGAGGUUCACCACUCUCAGGAUCACCUCAGACAGUACUGCAUUAAAAGCAGACAGGGCUCUGUAGUGGAAAUCGCUGCAUGGCUCAAAAUAACCUCCAAAAACCAUUGUCUGUGGCCACAGAUUUUUGCUGCAUCCACUAAUGCAGGUUAAAAAUAUGCCAUUGAAUAAGUAAAUAUGAAAACACGACCUAGAGAUUCUGGCAACUUCUCUGGACCUGGACCUGUUGAAGAUGGAAUAAGGUGACACAGACUGUUUUGUGCCCCGACAAAUCAAAGUUUGUCUUUUUUUUUUUUUUUUGAAAUCAUGGAUGCCUGCCAAGUCCUUCACUUUGAGGACAAGAGGGUCCUCUCUGCUUGUUAUCAGCUCCCAGUCCAAAACUAGCAUCCCUGAUGGUAUGGGGAUCAUCAGGGUCCAUGUCAUGGGUAUCUUCCACAUCUGUGAAGGCUCCAUUAAUGCUACAUCUGCUGCCACCCAGACAAAAAAAAUUUUUGGGGAAGACCUUCAUAUUUCAGCAAGACCAUGACAAACCACAUUCUGACAACAGGGAUUACAGCAGCAUGGUUCUGUAGGAGAAGAGUCCUACUGAAAAAUUGGACUGCCUGCAGCCUCAUUUUGUCCCCGAAGGAGAGCAUUUUUGGAAUAAUUAUAAGGGAAACAUAUAAAAGUGCCCCUGAAUUGUUGAACAGCUGAAAUCCAGUCAAAAAUAGGAUGUUUCACUAUCACAACUGUUGAAACUGGGCCGCUCUGUUCCCAAAUAUUUACAGACUGUUGUUUACAGAGGAGGUGAUGCAACAAAGUUGUAAUAUGCAGCAUGCACCUGUACCUGUCCCAGCUUUUAUGCAACAUGUUGCUGGCAUCAAAUUCAAAAUAGACAAACACCUUUCCAAAACAAAGACAUUAUUCAGUUUCAGUUUGAUAUGCUGUUUUUGCACCAAUUCCAAUUACAAGGCUUUAAACACUUUGUAAACCACACACUAUAUUGACCCAGCUUAUUUAGAAUUAGUUUUUUCUUAUAUUUAUAAGCAAGAGGAUUGGUGCACUAAAUUAAUACUUUUUCUCCAUCUUCUAGGUCAUUGGGGUCAUGGGUAAAGCCAUGCAAGAUGUCAGCCCCACCCUGAUUUCCUCAGUUUUGCGUUGUGCCCAGAAAUCAGACACCCCACUGUCAAACCAAAAGGCUGCUUUACAGGCCUUAAGGCUGAUGGAAACAACCAAUGAGGUAUGGUUACUUCACAUACAAAUUUAUGUAAAUAUGUUUUGGACAGGCAGUGAAAAGUAAACAUGUAACUUGCAUCAUCCAUCACCACAGGUCAAAGAAGUCCUCGCAAAAGUUUAUCUAGAACCUGAGAGCCCUGUUGACAAACGCAUCGCAGCUUAUUUGCUUCUGAUGAGGAACCCGGACCGGGACUUGGUCGGAGACGCUGUGGAUAGUUUGGCAAAUGUGGAUGAUCCGAACCUGUCAAACUUUGUUAUCUCCCACCUGAGAAACAUCCACAAAUCCAACAUGCCAGAAAUGAAGGGGUGAGUUAUCCAUGAGCAGUGAAACCAGCUUGUUACUUCCCUGUGAAAUAAAUGGUCAGCCUGUUCACAUAUCCCUGACUUAGCCUCAGAAGAAAGAGAUGUAUUAAACAGAUACUGCUGAAUGGUAGCAUUGAAUGCUGUUGAUAAAACUGUCUUUGUCUUCCUCUCUAAAGAGUCAAAGAGUACAUUGAGUCAGCCUUCCAAUACUCCCCUCAAGUGAAAAGCAUGUCAGCAAACUACAAACUGGACUCUCCUCUGGGCUCAAUACAAAGCAACAUUAUCGUUGACAGCACCAACAGCUUACCCAAGGAGGUGAUGCUGGAGACCACUCUGAAGGUUUUCGAUUAUAACUGCGACAUAUUUCAGGUACGCUUUGAAUCAAUAUUUAUCAAAGUUUUUUUUUAAAAAGACUAGUUGGUGUAAAGAUGUGUAAACUGAAAACUUUCCCCCCUCCAGGUCGGCAUUGAGAGUACAGGAUUUGAACCAACAAUUGAUGCUCUCUUUGGAGAUGAAGGUUUCUUCCCAGACUCCAUCUCCAAAGUCAUGUACUGGGCUGGAGACAAAGCUGAGAUGCUCAGAGAGGUUUUGGACCGUAUCGCCCCUGAUAGAAACAGAAUGAAGAGACAGGUAAGACGUAAACAAACAUGGAUGUUUAAUGUGUUGAUUCACAAGAGGUGGAUGAAAGGAAGGUUCUCUAAAAGUGAAGCCAACAUGUGUAGAACUCCCCCUGCUGACUGACAGCAGAAUAGGUCAUUAAGCACAGUCUUUUUUGCUAAUCUCCUUGUACUGCUCAUGCAAGGUAAGAAACUGACACAUUCACUCUGAACAUCUCUGCAGGUCCCAGAUGAUCUCCUAAAGGGUAUCUCCAGCAGUUUCCAGAAGCUCAUGAAUGACCUGCGUUUAUCUUCAAAACCUGAAGCCAUCGCCUACCUAAGGCUUCUGGGAGAUGAGAUUGGAUACAUAAGGUCUGGUGACAUGAGGAAGAUGACUGAGACUCUGUUGAUGUACUACCAUCUUUUCAUCAGGGUUCUGCCUUUCAAUGUAAGAUAUCAGAGGUCCUCUCAUGAACUUUGCAAAACCAAGAACAAAGAGACACGUCCAACACAAAGCACUUACGUUAUUGACACCUUCAAUCUCUGUACCAUAUGCAUAUUGACAAAGCAUGCAUACUCAUUUCUUGACAAUCAAUUCCCCAUAAACAUUCCAAAUUACAUCCAUUCUGUUUUUGUCUGUCCAUCAGGCCCUUCUUGAGCUGACGUCCAGCACUGAAAAUGAAGUCUUUGCUCACUACAUUUUCAUGGAGAACGCCUUCUUCAUGCCCACUGCUGCUGGCUUCCCUCUGAAGUUCUCCCUAGCUGGUGUGUUUGCACCUGGUGCCAAAGGAGGUCUGACUCGCUCAAAUGGGAUGGUACGUUUGUCUUCAUCUCAAAUCAACUCUUGUUCUCUUUUUCAGGGAGGUAGUUUUACAUGUGAAAUGAAACUACACUUCCACAUGUACAGUAGCUAUGUCCCAUAACUUUCUUGUCCUUGCAGGCUGAGCUCUCGUUCAUGCCGUCAGUUGGACUCGAGUUUAUCACCCAAAUGGGCGUGCUCAUCCCAGAUUUUGUGGAGUCAGGGUUGGAGCUGCACACUCACGCAUAUCAUGAGAGUUCCCUCGGCGCAAAGAUCACAGUGAACGGGAACCAGAUGAGGCUCUCCAUUCCUGCUCCAAAGUCAAACAUGCGCUUACUUAGUUUUAGGUUGGUAGCAUUGAAAUCAAAUGCUUCGGACUUGUAACAUGAAUCAGCUGCUAUUAGUGUUUUUUUUUAACUCUCCUUUCUCUCUUUUUUCCAAAUACAGCACAGAGGUGUUGUCAGUCUCCUCAGGUCAAACAGAAACUGUGCCACCUCUGAUGGAGGACAGGACCGAGUCGACUGACUGCCAGCUGUUCAUAAGUGGUCUGCAACUCUGCACAAUAACACGAUACUCCAACGCAACUUCCAUGGACCAGGCCCCGUAUUACCCUUUGACAGGAGAGAGCAGGUGAAACGACGACACGUUCGAAAAUCUGCCAAAACUUUUUAUUUGGAGCUUAUUAAAAUACAGUCAGCAAUACACACCACAAUCUGUAAGGGGAAAAAACAGACUGUGUUGUAUAGAAAACAUGUCGUGAAUGUUGAAUUAGCCUAUCUUUUGAUAAUCCUAACUCAGUAUUUCAUGGUUUAAAUAUGCAGAAAAUAAAUGGGUUAAAGUUAAAUGCUAUGACACAACAUUUCAGAAGGAAAAAGUGAGAUUUUGAGAGAACAGGCAUAAACAAACAAGAAUUAAGUUGAUAAUUUAAGAGAAAAAUUUUUGUUUGUCUAUUUGGUAUUUUUUAGCACCUUGUGAAGUUAUACUUUAGUACGGGUUUCAUUAAAAAUUGAAAAUUGAUUCUUCCAGCAUAUCGACCCCACAUUGUUUUAAGUGUGUGGCUCUAUUGGUAUAAUGGAGGAGUAAAUAAAACCAGUUUUUGUUUUCUCAGGUUUGCCAUUGAAAUUCAGCCCACAGGAGAAGUCUCAGAGUACACAGCCACCAUCACUCAAGAGACGCUCAGGGAGGGUAAAAAGGGUCGAAACAAAGUCAGCUCUCUGAAGCUGACCCUGAAGGCUGAGGGUACGUCACACAAGGGCCAAUCAGAGCAACACAACCUACAAUGUUGUAAAGAUGACCUGCCAGAAUGUUGCAACUGAUCAUUUUAAAGCUUUUCCAAAUGAUAAGCAAAUAUAAACAACACUGAUGCUGGAAAUCCAGAGGGACAAAGAGCAACACUUUGAGUUAGUUACCCUCAGAAAAUGGCAAUUUUAGGUACCCAGUCCCAUCAUUAAAGCACCAUCACCACCCUGCUUCCUUUCAGUGCAUUACCCUAAAUCUUUCCUGUGCCAUUUGCACAUCAGCUCACCCUGACUUUAUGUGGAGAUUUUACUAGAAGGCAGGAAAAGGUUUGUGCAAGUUAAGGAACAAACGUCGCCUGAUUCUGCAUUCACACAAGUUUUCAGGUGCUCAUACAUGUGUGGAUAAAGCUCUCUAGUGCUUCCAUAGAUUUUUCUACUGGUUGAUUUUUUCAGGAGCAGGUUUAAAAAAGGGAGGAAGACAGUUCCUCUAAAGAGUUUGCAAACGUGUACUGCAUUCCCCCCCCCCCCCGACAUUAUCGAUCUGCAAACACCCAUUUGUGGGCAUCCAUAAGCCCUAAUAGCUAAAAUUUUCUGUCUCAUUGUUUGCUUUUCUUGUGGUAAAUGUCAAACAAGAGCAUGAUGGGAAACAAUCUGCAAAUACUUCUGUUGUAGUCUUGUAUAUAGUGGCUAGGCAAGUCACCCAGUCUUUGCGGGAUCUUGUAGUCUACAUAAGGUGUCCUAGGGUGCUGGAUUAGACUAAUUUAAAAGCUGUUUUCAAAACCCUCAGGUCAAAAAUCUCUGCUUUUACUAGGUGAUGAUUCAUCAGAGGCCACUGCAACCCUGAAAUACAACCACAACAAAAACACGGUCACCACAGAGGUUGUCAUUCCCGAUUUUGAUGUGGAAGCAGGCAUCAGGCUGGCUCUGACGGACAGCGAGGCUAAAGGGAAGAUGAUGCGAGGAAUCACCAUUGAUGUCACCAACAAGAACAUCCCACAGCUGACUCUCAUUGGACGCUCAAGGUACAUACUGUAUAUCUGACUGUUUGUGCAGCAUGUUUUCUUUAGAUUAUGUAUUUAGACAGGAAAUUAAAGGAGAAAAAACAUCCUGAAAGUAGUACAUAAGGAACAAACUCCUCUUUGGUUGAAUGUUAGGCUUGACAUGAUGAAGGAGGUCAUGCUGCAGCUUGAAAUGGCCAUCCCCUCUCUGAAAACUGAUGCCUCCAUCACUGCAAUCCUGAAGAGGGAUGAAGGUAUAAUCUUGGAUUUAGAGACGGUCAUCAACCUUCCUGAGACUUCCUCUCAACAGAAAGCGACUCUUAAAUACGGUAACUGUCAGCCAGAAAUCACAUCCCCAACAUAGAGAGCAGACUUAAGACAGAACCUUGAAUUUCUGCAGGAUUCAUGUAAGGUUUUUCUUCUUGAUAGAUGAUGACAAGUUGGAACUGGAGUUGAAAUCAGACCUGAAUUCAGAGAUUCAGAAGUUGAUCCCGAAUAUUGAGGAUCAUCACAGACAGCUGCAACAGUUAAUUGAUCAAAUCUUGGACCAGAAGGUGGCCAAGACCGAUAUGAAACUGCGCCACAUUGUCACCAAAGGAAUCGAGGUGAAGCUUUGGUUUUAACAACAUAAUCAGUUUUUGUUAACUGGGUUUUGUCUAGGUUUUGUCUUUAAUUUUAAGGUGGAAAUGUUAUGUUUCAUGCCCUCUUAAAGGCCGGUGAUAUAUGGUUCGGAAAAUUGACUGAACGCAUCCCCUACCUUGCAAACCUGCGAAGCAAGAGGAGCAUCUCAGAUCUCACCUUGCCGGCUCUGCCUGAGAAACUGUUUCUACAGAUGUGAGUGUGGAAUUCAAAAAAGUUCAGUAUUAGCACAAUCAAAUAGUGACCAAAGGAAUCUGUCCAUGACCUAUGGUGGCCCUGAAGGCAAACUACACAAACCAAAAUGCACAUUAUGAACACGUUGUGAAACAUAUGACGUUAUUUUUGUAUUUUUGAAAUUGUUCCUGUGUUUCAUGACAUAGUUUUGCAUUUUGACAUUAGGUGAAACAUUUCUUAUGUUUAUGCAUUUGACCUUUGGGGCCAAAAUCAUUUUCAUCUUUUAAUUUGUAAUAUGUUAUCAAAGGCAAAAAUCCAAAACCAGAACCAUACUGAUGCUGCUUGUUUUGGUCCCAUUACAGUGACAGCCUGUUUCGAUACCAGUUCAAUAAGGAUAAACUGUCCAUCUCGCUUCCUCUUCCACACGGAGGCAAAAAGUCAGAAGAGCUGAACAUCCCAACCUCUCUGUCCCUGCCAGACAUAGAUGUACCACAGAUAGGCUUGUCUGUCCCCGCCAGAAGCAUCCCUAUACCACCAUUCACCAUACCACCAACUCUGGAUUUCACUGUCCCUCUUCUUGGUCUUGCUGAAGCUUCAACCAAGAUCAACAGCAACUUCUACAGCUGGGAGGGCUCUGUCUCUGGGGGCAACAACACUGUCGAUGUUCCGAGCUGCAUUUUGCAGUACAAGGCCAUUGCCCAAUCACCUUUCAACCUGCUGUCAUACAAGCUUGAAGGUAAGUAACAGUUCAAAGGUUCCAAGUCAUUCAACAUCAGCAGAGUCUGGUUUAUCAGUGCUGCGCAACUUAGCAGAACCACCAGUUCCCCGUAUUACAAAUCAACUGAAUUACUGAGUUAAAAGUACUCCCACAUAGAGAAGUGAAGUUUUUUCCCAUCCUGAUUCAGAUUCUGGAUCCUAUUUUUGAGAAUAAUUGGAGGCCGAGUUAUUUUUGGACACUGGAAACAUAAAACAAGAUUUGAUGCUCAUGAAAAAUGCCGGUUGCCAACAGUUUCCGAGCUUUGAUUCACACCAUAUCAUUUCUCUCUCUAUUCAAAGGCACUGGGAUGAUGUCUGGAAGAGCUGAUGACAGUCUCAAGUAUCUCCUGAAUAGUUCCUUCAGCCACAGUCUCAUUGAAACAAGCCUUAGUGUCUCAGAAAGUGUGAGAAUAACAGACAAACUGAUUGCAAGAGCCAACUAUAAGAUUGAAGCAUCUAGUCCUUUAGGCCUGCAAGUCUCUCUCCACUACUCCGCCCAGUCCACUUCCACUGAGGCAGAAGAAGUCUACGGAGAUGGCACUGUGGAUGGAUUACUAAGGUUAGGAUCGUUUGUCGCCAAUUCCACCUACUCUAACAGCUACAGCCUGCGUUCUCUGUACAGAGAGGGGAGAGGAGAGUCCACUCUUCAAUUAAACAUGCCAUUUAUCCAAGUCAACAAUAAGAUCCAAGGAGCCUAUGCAAACUCUGAGUUGAACAUUGUGUCUAGAACCAACACCCAAGACGACAUCGUCAAGCAUGUGGCAGAGCUCAAAUACAAAGACUCACAGCUGACCUUAAAAUGCAACGGCGUUGCCAGACCUUUGCAGGGUACAUCCCUCAAUAACAAAGUGGAGCUUGGUGUGUCCAACCAAAUGGCCAUCCUCAGAAUUGAGUCACAGGCAGAUGAUGACAAAAACAGAGUAUACUCCCUCAUAACAGGAUCUCUCGGUUCGAAUGGACUUGAUGUAAACUCUGAGGGCUCCCUUGUCUCUGAUAUAGGCCGUGGAUUGCACAAAGCUUCUCUUUUAGUGAACAAGGAUGGUCUGACCACAAGUGGGACCAACAGCAUUCAGUGCAGCCCUGUCACAGUGGAAAAUGUCUUCAAUGGGGCCAUAGACAGCAAUGGAGCGAGCCUGUCCUGUACGACCAAAGCUAUGGCUGAAGAGAGCAGAGGAGAGCUGACCAUUGAGGGUAAAAUCACAGCUGCAGAAGCCUCCGUGAAUGGUGUCCUCAAAGGCCAUGCUUAUGAUGCAACCACAAGAAACAACAUGGAUUUAUUACUGAACCGAAGAGGUCUAAUCUUUACCAGCAACUCCAUGGGAACACUGGAACAGAUGACGACAGAAAACAGCCACUCAUUGACCAUCACUCUGUGGACUCUCGCCCUUAAGUCCAAGACAGACAACUUCAUCUGCAAGGAUGUUUACUACAAACAAGACACCAAGGUUGAUAUGAAACCGUUUGUCAUGUCAGUGGAUAUGACAAAUGAUCUGAAGUUUUAUGAUGUCAGUGUGGUCAAUGAAGGCCACAUGAGGCUUGAGCCAAUAAAAGUGGACCUGAGCGGAAGUUUAAAGGGAGCUUACGGAGAUGACAACUACAUGAAAAAUACGUAUGAACUCAACUAUGACAAUCUGGCAGGUGCAAUAAAAAACAGCCUGUCUGGAAACAUAGUAGAUUCACAGCUAAGUCACAACUGUGAGUUUGAAUUCGCAGGACUCUCCUCAACAUUGUUCUGUGAAACAAGGGUAAACUCUGAGCCUCUGCGUUUUGACAGCACUGUUCGCACCAUGGCGCUGCCUUUUAGCCUCACGAUUGAUGCUCUGGUAAACAGCGACGGGCAGAUUGAACUCCUCGGGAAGCACACUGGACAGCUGUACAGUAAGCUGUUGGUCAAAGCUCAGCCUCUCGCUUUUGGAUACUCACAUGACAGCAGAGUUUCAACUGCACAUGUGCUUCCAAGUAAGUCGAUUUCCACUAACUUGGAGAACAAAUUUGAAGGCCUCCUGAUGCCAAGUAACCAAGCUCUGAAAUGGCUUUUAAAAUCUCACCUGAAUGACCAUGCUUACAAACAAGAAAUCAGUGCUUACAAUGAUCCCGAGAAAAAUGGGUUUGAGUUUUUAGGGGAAUUGUUGACAGACUUUUUCAGCAGGUUAAGCAGGCAAAAAAGAUCAACACCAGAAGCACAAAAAUUCAGCAUCACUGGUUUCCUCAGGUAUGACAAGAACAGUGACUGUCACAUCAUUGAUAUACCGUUCAUCGAAAGCUUUCCUGCUGCCUUCGAGCAGCUCAAAAACACCCUGGUACAAGCAUUAGAAAUGCUUCAAGACCGCAUCAACAGUUUGGAUAUUGAUCGACUAAUCGCUGACUUCAGAGUCAAGUUAGAUCAACUCCCAUCACAAGUGAGGGACUUCAUGCAAGAAAUGGACUUGGAGGGUAAAUUUAAUCAAGUAAAAGCAACACUAGAUUAUUUGAUGGAUGAGUUUUCAAUAUCCAUGGAUGAUCUAGAGCUUACAAUGGAAGAUCUAAAAAGGAACUUUGAAAAAACAGCGAUGGACAUGGUGGACAAUAUAAAAGACCUUACCAGUACGGUUACAGACUAUGUCAACGACGGACGCCUUGCAGAGAAGAUCACAAACAUAUUUUCUAAAAUUAAAAACUGGCUUCAAGAGCUUGAUGACCAGUAUAAAAUAAAGCAGUCACUCAUUAAAGUACUUGAUGCCAUUGAUGACAUAAUCGGGCAGAUUGAUUUGCAGAAGCUCUCUGAAAACAGUGCUACCUGGCUGAAAGAGCUGGACUCUAAAUAUGGAAUCCUGGAGAAAAUCAAAGAUGCAUUAAUUAGCAUGAAGGAGCUCAUUGAGAAUUUUGAGAUCAGCAUGUUUAUGGAGGAUGUAAAGGAGUACCUUCUCUCAAUUGACUUAGCCAAGCAUGCUGAGCAGUUGUCCUCUAAAAUAUCCUCUUUGGACAUUGCAAAAGUGAUCGAUUCUAUGAAUGAUGUUAUCCUCAACUGGAUUGAUGAAUAUGAAAUCCCCAACAAGCUGAACACAGUGUAUUCUUACAUCAGAGACUUGUUUUUAAAAUACAGGCUUGAUGACAAGUUUAAGGACUUAAUGGAUCGGAUUUUGAUUCUUAUAGAGGAUUUUAAAAUUGAUGGAACCGUGCAGUUGAUGGUAGAUUCUCUGAGCUCUUUGAACUUUGAAUUGGCUUAUGAUAAAGUGAUACAAUUUCUGCAAAGUGUGACGAAUGAGCUCAGAGGGAUUGACUUCAAAAAGAGCAUCGAUGACCUAAAUGCAAGCAUUUCUUCAAUGCUGCAGUCAAUGAAGGCAUUUGACUACAAUGCAUUUGUUGAUGACACCAAUGAGAAGAUUGCAGAUCUGACAAACUACAUUAAUGAGCAAAUCAAAACAUAUGAGGUUGUCCAGAAAAUAGAGGCCAUUCGUGAGUUUUUUAGAGAAAUCCAAAGUACAAUCUACACAUAUCUGGAAGGAUUAAAAGACACAAAGGUGGCUGACGCUCUGAAGAGACUGAAAAAUGUGCUCGACACCACCUUUUUUGAUGACAUGUACAUGAAAGUAAUGGAUAUCCUUGAGGACAUGAGACAGCGAAUCCUUGACAUGGAUAUCAGAACUGAAAUGUACAUUCACCUUCAAAGAGCGAGCGAGUCUUACACUAAUAUUGUUGCCUACAUUUCUACACAGCUAGACCAACUGAUGGAAAAGCUCAGAGAAAUGACAGAGGACAGUGAGACCAUCUCUCAGAUAAAACAAGGUCUAGAUGGAGCCCUGAGUGCCCUGAAAAAAGCUGAGAUUGAAGUUCCCACUUUCAUUGUACCUCUCACUGACCUUGUUAUUCCAGCAUUUACAAUCAACCUGAACAAACUGCAAGAGAUCAGCAUCCCAGCUCAAAUCUCAAUCCCUGAGUUCACCAUUCUCAAUCUCCACACACUGCCAGCCAUCACCAUAGAUUUUGAUGAACUCAAAGCAAAUAUAAUCAAAGUCAUUGACAGGAUGAAAGAGUUUGAGAUUCAGUGGACCGACCCUGAGGACAUAUUUGGUGACCUAAAAGUGCUCUACUUGUCUGACCUACCUGAUCUCACCUUGCCAGAAAUAACUCUUUCAGAGAUCAAAUUUCCAGCCGUCAAUAUCCCAACAUUAAAUUUUGAGAACUUUGAAAUCACAAUGCUUCCAAUUCCAGAAAUCCAGCUGCCUGAGAUCCCGAGUGAUAUUUGUGUCCCAGUUUUUGGGAAACUCCAAGGAGAAUUCACAUUGGCCUCUCCAUUAUACACACUUGUAACCAUUGGGAAGAUUGAGAACUCCACGUCCACUCCUAAAAACCCACAGUUCACUGCCACUUUAAACUCUGAGGCCAAGUCAAUCUUCAGGCCACUUGAAUACUCUUUUGAAGCCUCUGCUCAGCUGGAAGCUCAGUGGAGGCUUCGAAGGAGCCUCCGCUCAGCUGAGAAGCCGCUCCGCUCAGCUGAGAAGCUGCUAUUCACAGAACAAAUGAAGCUGACACACAUGGCUUUCUCUGUUGACCAUGAAGGAUCUUUAACACUCACUGGAUCCUCUGCUGAGGCCUCUUCCAAAACUAUUACCAAGGCUUUGACUGAAGUGUACACAGCAGACUUGGUCAACACUAUGGGACUGACACUGAACAAUGAAAUUUCUGCAGCCAUAAACACAACCUACAACCACAACUUGGGCAUCCCUGCAAUUGAAAUCCUAAGUCAGGCAGCAAUGGAGCAGCAUAUCACAACCAAAGUGGAGUCUGGCAGAGUCAUUGUGACUGGAGAAACUACAGGAAAUGGAAAGUGGUCCAUUCAGGAUUACUCAGAUGAAGGCACACACACAAGUAAAACUGAAUUCAAUGUUGAUUUUAAUACUGCUAAGUUGACUUUCUCAGAAGAAACAGACUGUAAAGCCUUGAAAUCAAAGAAAACAUUGACUGUUGAAUCUGUUACUUUAAGCCAUGUAACCAUCGAGGCAAGAUGUGAAACUGAAACUCCAUCUGUUAAGAAGAGUGUCAUGACUCUAAAUGUGGAGGCCAGUAUUGGAGACCUGAAGGUUGCACUGACAGCUGCUCAUGAUGCUGAAUUCACUGGAAACCUGGUUGGAUUCAUGGCCAACACUUUGGAGUUCAAGGCCCAUCCAUUUGAAAUCGAGCUUGAUACAAAGAAUAAAGUAAACACAAAGAUGUUCUUCCCCCUGAAACUCACUGGAAAGGUAGAUCUCCAGCAUGACUGCGGAGUAAGUCUGAAUUAUAAAAAGCAGCGUGCUAGCUGUUUUGCUUUGGCAAGAUUCAACCAGUACAAGUACAAUCACAACAUAACUGCAGAAAACAAUGAAAUGGACAUUUUCUUACAUGCAACAGCAAAUGGGGAGGCUAAUCUGGACUUUUUGACUGUUCCUCUGUCCAUCCCAGAGAUAAUCAUACCUUACCUGAAUAUGAACACCCCUGAAAUCAGAGAAUUCUCUCUGUGGGAACAUGCUGGUUUGAAAACCUUGCUCAUCACCCCUCAACAAUCGAUGGAUAUGAAUCUGAAGCUUCAUUACUUCAAGAACCCUGAUGUGCACAUCAUUGAAGUACACCUCGAGCCAAUAUACAACACAAUCAUUGAUAAUGCCCACAUCAUCCAGGUUCAAUUUGAAGAAUUCAGGGAUAAAAUAGUUGCACUUUUAAAAGAUUCGUACAACCAAGCAAAGGCACAGUACAUCAAACACAAAAUUGACACAUCUGGCAUGCCUCCUAGAAUCUUCACUGUGCCAGGAUACAAAAUCCCAAUAUUAAACAUCGAGGUGUCUGCCUUCAGAGCUGAGAUGCCAGCCUUCAGCUAUUUUGUUCCCAAGGAGGUCAGCACACCAAGCUUCAAGAUCCCAGCCCUCGGUUUCUCUGUGCCAUCAUACACUCUCGUGCUACCAUCCCUAGAGCUGCCGGUCGUCUAUGUUCCAGAGACUUUGAGUGAAAUACAACUACCCACUCUCACCCUGCCAACCAUUCAGAACAGAAUAGUGAUUCCAGCCAUGGGUAACAUGACAUAUGAUUUCUCCUUCAAAUCCCCUGUGAUUAACUUGAACGCCAACGCUGGGCUCUAUAACCAGCCUGACAUCGUCACCCGGUUCAGUGCUUUCUCUGUGUCUGUGUUUGACAUUUUGAAUGGAAAAAUCGAUGGCACCUCCAGUCUGACGAGGAAGAGGGGCAUAAAACUGGCCACCACUGUGUCUCUGGAGCAUGAUAUUAUAGGUGCCAACCACGAAUGUGCUGUCAGUCUCGCCAAGAGGAGCAUGGAGGCAUCCGUCACCAACACUGUGAAAAUCAAUCUGCCGUUCCUAAAUCUGGAGUUCAACCAGGAACUCAGUGGAAGUACUAAAAUGAAGCCGAAUGUUGUAUCCAAGAAAAAUAUCAAAUACAUGUUUAAUUUUCCUUUGAUUGAAUCUGCAAGCAAAGGAAACCUCGAUAUAAACUGGGCACUGGAAGCUCUUUCCUCCGAUGUGUCUUUGGUGACCUUAGUAAACGGAAAGUCUGAUAUCAUGUUAAUGGAUAGUUGCACAUUUGGAGGGUCUCUCCAAAAUGAGGCCAAUUUCUACCUCAAUGCCAAUGGCUUACGUUCAACUAUCAAGACUGUUUUGGACUCGGCCAUUGACAAACAGGGAAGACAAAAACGCAACUCAAACAACAUCUUCCAGUUUGACUUGAAUGAUAACUUGGCCCUUGAGGUCUCCUUGCGACGUGUGUUUGCCAAGGUCGACCACAUGAGCAGUAACAAUGUUGAUUUAGGGUUUUUCAACACAAAUGGAAGGCAAGUUAUUGAUGGAAAUCUAGAUUUUGUUCCUCUAACAACAUUCAAGAUGACACUGAACAGUGAUGCAAAUCAGCCGAGCAGUUUAGGCCAUGUUGGACUAAUUCAGAAUGUCAAAUUGGACAUCACCUCAGAGAAACAGUCAUUUACCUGGAGUGGAAAGGAGCAGCUGGCAUCUUUCAUCCAUGCUUGUGAUUUCGUUGUGUCCAAUGAUGAUUCUGAGGUACGCAUGGACUUAACUGAGUCUGUUGAAGGCCAUCUGGCAUUCUUGAAGUCAGUUAAGCUUCCUGUUUAUCAGAAGAGCCUCUGGGAUGUGCUCAAGUUUGGUCAGGUCGCAAAUAUGGAUGACUUACAAUUCCUCAACAUCUCCUCCAGCAUUGUAUACACAAAGACCUCAGACGGUGUAGAGUUUAAAAUACCAUCCCAAAUAUUUGAAGAUGGUGUCAUUCUUAGCAUCCCUGAGAUUCACGUGGCAGUGCCAUCUUGGGUGAGAGAAAUCCCAAAUUCCAUAAGGAACAUAGACAUGCGACUGGAAAACCCUGACAUCCCUGACCACGUGGCUUUCCCACCUGUAAUUUCAGUCCCAGCUUUUAAAGUGCCAUAUACAAACUUGCAUGUGGAGCCUUUCACAAUCAAUCCAAAGAGUCUCAGCAUCCCCAAGGUGAUCACAACGACCGCCUUUGAAAUCAUGCUUCCUGGCUUGCCAACAAUGUCAGUGCCAAGCUACAAUAUUGACACAGAGUAUUUACAGGAGAAAAUACCAUUCCUGUCAUUUAAGAUACCACAGUAUGAUAUCACAGUGCCAUCUUUCACCCUCCCAAAGUCCUUCACUUUUGGAGAAUACACUUUCAACUUGAAUAAAAUCACAACCCAGAUUUCAAACUUCGAGCUUCCCACCAUCACCAUUCCAGAGCAGAAAAUUGAAAUUCCAAAAAUCACCCUUCACAUGCCCACAGGUCUGUUUAUCCCCAAGUUUGGAGCCCUCAGUGCAACAUUCAAACUCAAGUCCCCCAUUUAUAACAUGUCAACAACUGCCAGUCUGGAGGAAAGGGAUGCACUUGUGGCUUCAUUGAACUCCAUCUGUACUUCGACCAUGAUUUUCCUGGAGUACGAUCUCUCUGGUAGGACUGGGACGGACUCUUGUUCAUUUCAUAAGAUUUUGUUGUAUGAGGUAACGGGUUCAAAACAAGUCUUAUUUUGCUUUUGUCCCCUCAGCCAGUGCAACUCUUGGAUUUGAAAAUGGAUUCUUUAAUCUAAUUGGAAAGUGCAACUUGAUUCACAGUGACGUUACUGUCGACUGGCAACACGUAAUGUCUCGUAACUUCAGGUAAAUAUUCACUGCACAUUUUGUGGCUUUGAGUUCAAGUUUUACUCAAUGAAGUCUACAUGGAGGUCUUUACUACUCAGCCAUGAUGGUAUGAUGAGCUGCCUGGAAAGGUUGGUAAAGGCUUGGCUACAGACUGCUGGCCUUGCGGUUUCUGCAUGUUUACUGACUUAAUAUGAUUCUUUUUUUAGGAUGAAGCGCCAGACUGCUCCUGAUUCCAUGUAUGUUUUUUUUUUUUAUUAUUAUUAUUUUCUGCAGAAUUUAACAACUCUUUUAAUUGAGCUUCAGUAGGUAAAACAAAGAAGCUCUACUGAUGACUGUGUCUGUCUUAAAGGGAGUCUCGUCAUACUCUUAAUGUGGACGUCGCCAGCAAAACAUUUGCUGAUGUGAACUUUCGUCUCGCUUCCCGCAAAGACGGCGUUACUGCAUCGAUUUCUUCGCCAUCGGCUGGUUUCCUGGGUUUGCAUUUGCAGCGGAGGUCUGCGUCACAGCUGUAUGGAAAACUGUUUAGUCGCUACCUGGUAAGACUAACAUAAAGGCAUUUUGUCAACAGAAAUGUACAGACUGAUUUAUGAUAUUUGAGUCUAACUUGAUGCUUAUUCUGCUUCUUUCUUGUAAAUUCAGUCAUCUCCUGAGAAAGACACAGAUGUUUUGACUACCAAAGCCACGCUGAAAAACUCCCAGAAGUUGAUGCUUCAGAUGUCAUGGAAUUGGGACUUCCUCCAUGAUCUGAUUGAGGGGACCAAAGAGAGGAUUCCUGCGAUGACUGAUGCUAUCCUUAAGUUCAUAAACAAAUAUCACACCGCUCACUUUGGUUUUGAUCUCAGCCGCGGUGGCAUGAAACUGAAAAACACAUUUUCCAAUGUCAUAGAGCGAGCCUAUCAUGAGGUUCCUUUGUCCUUUAACUCACUGCAGGAUUCAAUCAGAAACACUUUUGAUCAGGGAAAAGACAUGUACACAAAGGCUUCAGACAGCUUGAUGUCCCUCAGUGUGCAGGAGGAAAUGGACAAGUUGGCCCGUGAGUUGAGGCACACCUUGAAACGCAGUGAAAACAAGAUCUAUGACUUGCUGGAUGCAAUCACACAGUUCUUGAGUGACCUUAAGUUCCCAGUCCCUGGCUCUGAAGAAAGGAUGUCUGGUCUAGAGUUGUUCCACAGAGCCCGUCGGUCUAUUUCAAGAGCCACUGACAGGGCCACCCAAAGGUUUGCCAGCCUCAUGGGAAAGAUCUUUGAAUCCAUCAGGGAAAUAGAGUUCACAAUACCAGGAACUGAGGUUGUUGUUAAUGGAAAUGAGAUCAUGGAUAAGAUUAAGACCUUAGCAAAACGUGCAUAUGAUCAAUUAAGAGAGUCAGUGCGGAGGGGGUUUGAAUGGCUGCAAAAGGCCAUUGAAGAUCUCAUGCAGGUGAUUGCUGAAAAAGGUGAGAAUGUCAUCAGUUACCUGAGAGAUGAAAAUGAAGAAAUUGCCUCUAUGGUGGAAACCCUCCAUUGGAAGUUUAUCCAGUCUUCCAAACGACACAUAGAGGAGGCAGAGGGAUUUGUGGCUGAGUAUAAAGAUCAAACCAAAAUGAAGAUCCAAGAGGUUUAUAAUGCUUUAAAUAUGGAGCGAGUGAAUAAUGAUACCACAGAGUUAAUCAAUAUACUGCAGUCACACCUCUAUGGAGGACUUAAUGAAGGAGUAGAUUUAAUGAGAAGGGCGUCCCAAAGCACAGCACCAUACUUAAAAGUGAGCAAUAAAAAGGUGGACAUUGAAAUUCCCUUACCUUUCCUUUGGAAGUCUUUCAGCGAAUGGCCGACACAGUCACGGCAGUGAAGGAUGCCUCGAUGAUUGAGUGUCUGGAAAGAAAAUUAUUCUCUGAGUGAAUAAUAACCUUGUCGGUUUGAUGUGCAAAAGAAUUGAGAUUGAAGGUUUCUUUUGUUGUUCUUUCUGUGAGAUAAUUGAUGUGAAUUUGACAGCAAAUACAGUCAUGAGAAUUUUUGGAUGCAAGUUUGUUGUGUGAUAGUGUUCAAUUAAACAAUACUGAGUACAAAA